GGGUUAUCCGCACCGCAAGUAGCCGAAUUAUUCAUUUUUGCUACGGAUCCGGGCUCGGACUCGCUCUCUAUAAAGCGAAAGCCAGAAGCCUAGAACAUACAAGCACGGCAGAGCAAAGCACAUUUGUCUUUGCCUGUUCUCCAAGCUAAACUCUACAAAAAACCCGAACCUCCGUCUCCUACCGAUCUUUGAAGUAGCAAAGCUUUUCAACCAUGAUUACCGUUAGUGUAAAAUGGCAAAAGGAGAUGUUUAAAGCUGUGGAAAUUGACACUACUCAGCCCCCUUAUGUAUUCAAAUGCCAAUUAUACGACUUAACCGGGGUACCUCCUGAAAGACAGAAGAUAAUGGUUAAAGGUGGUUUAUUGAAGGAUGAUGCAGAGUGGUCGACAUUAGGAGUCAAAGAGGGUCAAAAAUUGAUGAUGAUGGGGACAGCAGAUGAGAUUGUCAAGGCUCCAGAGAAGGGUCCUGUUUUUGUGGAAGAUCUCCCAGAAGAAGAACAAGCUAUUAACUUGGGUCAUAGUGCUGGUCUAUUUAAUUUAGGAAACACCUGUUAUAUGAACUCCACCGUACAAUGUCUGCAUUCAGUUCCAGAGUUGAAGUCAGCUUUGAUAAAGUAUUCACAUUCUGGAAGAAGCAAUGAUGUGGAUCAGACUUCUCAUAUGUUGACUAUUGCAACUCGUGAUUUAUUUGGUGAACUGGAUAAAAGUGUCAAGGCUGUGGCACCCAUGCAAUUUUGGAUGGUAUUGCGUAAGAAGUAUCCUCAAUUUGGUCAGCUGCAUAAUAAUACCUUCAUGCAACAGGAUGCUGAAGAAUGUUGGACACAGCUUUUGUACACCCUUUCUCAGUCUCUAAGAUCAUCGGGUUCUAGUGAAAGUCCAGACACAGUUAAGGCCCUUUUCGGCGUUGAACUUGUUAGCAGGGUGCACUGCGUAGAAAGUGGGGAAGAAAGCUCGGAAACAGAAUCAGUGUAUUCCCUUAAAUGCCACAUAUCACAUGAGGUGAACCAUUUGCACGAAGGGUUAAAACAUGCUUUAAAAUCGGAAUUGGAAAAAAAUUCUCCUUCUUUGGGGCGUAGUGCGAUCUACCUGAAGGAGUCUUGUAUCAAUGGCCUUCCAAGGUACUUGACCAUUCAGUUUGUCCGUUUUUUCUGGAAGAGAGAAUCAAAUCAGAAGGCCAAGAUUUUGCGGAAAGUGGAUUACCCUUUGCAAUUGGAUAUUUUCGAUCUCUGUUCAGAUGAUCUUCGCAAAAGAUUGGAAGCUCCUCGCCGGACUCUGAGAGAUGAGGAAGGUAAAAAACUUGGUUUGAAAUCCAAUGAAAAGAGCUCUGGUUCAAAAGACAAUGAUAUCAAGAUGUCCGAUGUGGAGGGAUCUUCAAAUGGAAGUGGAGAAGCAUCUAAUCCUACGCCGGAUGAAGCUGCAGGUGCCAUGACUGGAAUUUAUGAUUUGGUUGCUGUGCUGACACACAAGGGUCGUAGUGCUGACUCAGGCCAUUAUGUUGCCUGGGUCAAGCAAGAAAGUGGGAAAUGGAUCGAGUAUGAUGAUGACAAUCCCAUCCCACAGCGGGAGGAAGACAUCACCAAACUCUCUGGAGGAGGUGAUUGGCAUAUGGCCUAUAUUUGCAUGUACAAGGCCCGUACUGUCCCUAUGUGAUCUUUCCUUGAUCUCAUCUCAAUCAAAUUUGAAAUACCCUUCCAGUUUACAUUUCACAGGGGUUAGAUUCUACGAAACUGUAUCUCGUGCAAUUGAAGUUUGCCCCAAUGUGUGUUAGAAAGAAAAUUCAUUGAUAUUUAGAUGUGUUUUAAUUAUGUAAGGGAAUUUUUUGGUCACAUUGAAGUUUUAUCCUAAAUGUGUACUAAAAUGAAAAUUCAUUGUUAUUCAAA